AUGACUCAACCAGCAAGAACUGGGGAGCAUGAUCCGGUCAUGGAUGAUCUGGAAAAAGAAAUCGAUGAGAUGUAUGUAAAUGAAGCAAAUGAAUAUGUGGAAGACGACGCAGAGCCAGUCGCCGAACAUGCAUGUGCUUAUUGCGGUUUGGAUGAUGUUGACUGCGUAAUGAAGUGCACGGUGUGUGAUAAAUGGUUUUGCAACGGGUUUGGCAAGACAACAUCCUCCCAUAUUGUCACUCAUUUGGUGCGUGCUCGUCAUAAGUCUGUCAUGCUGCACCCAUCUUCUCCGCUUGGCGACACAGUCCCUGAGUGUUACUCGUGCGGCUCGCGCAAUCCAUUUUUGCUGGGCUUUCUACCUGCAAAAGGAGACGCCGUGGUCAUGCUUCUUUGCCGAUCACCGUGUAAUUUUGCUGCGAACACCAAGGACAUGGGCUGGGAUGCCACGCAGUGGUCUCCGCUCAUCGAAAAUCGUACAUUCCUAUCAUGGCUAGUUAAGAUACCUUCAGUCAAGCAGCAAAAGAAGGCGAGACCUAUCACAGCGCAGCAAAUCCUUUUGCUUGAGGAGCUUUGGAGAGAUAAUGAACGUGCCACAUUAGCUGACGUUGAAAAUCCGGAGCACGAGCAAACACUUCCAGAAACGUUGCAUCAUUAUGAAACAGCGAAACAAUAUGUCUUGAUCCAUCAAAAGCUAAUCUCUGCUGAGGAAGAUUAUGAUAAGCGCCUUAAAGAGAAUCUUACGCAGCGUGAUAUCACUGUAAACUGGGAAACGAGCAACGGGAAGACUUUGGUUUGGAUUCGCUUGCCCCAAUUAGAAAGCGGUGAAAUUCGCUUGGCGAUGGGUGAUGAGUUAAAACUGAUUUAUACCGGAUCAUUGGCGCACAAGUGGGAGUCUCCUAUCACUGUGGCUCGCUUCUCGUCGGUAUCAUCCACCGAGGUGGCAUGCGAAGUGCCGCAUGGAAACAAAGCUCCUUUGCACUGUACAACCAACUUUAAUUUGGAAUUUAUCUGGACGGGAACAACGUACAGUCGCAUGAACCGAGCCUUGAAUCGGUUUUUCAAGUCCAAGUCAUGCAUGGCACCUGUAAUCCGUGAUGUUUUAUUGGGAAAGUCUGUUGAUAUACCUCUAAUCAAUACACAAAAGACGCUCUCUCUCAGCGUCCCGGGGCUUCCUGAAUUGAAUCAUUCGCAGCUAUCUGCUAUUAAGGCUGUUCUUGGAUCGCCCAUCAGUCUUAUUCAAGGACCACCUGGAACAGGUAAGACUGUCACAAGCGCUACAUUAAUAUAUCAUCUUGUGCGUUUGAGAAAGACUAGGAUGUUAGUUUGUGCUCCAUCUAAUGUGGCCGUCGACCAACUUGCGGAAAAAUUACACCGGACAGGACUUCGAGUUCUCCGACUUGUGUCACGUACGCGUGAAGUGAUGGAAAGCUCUGUGAGCUUUUUAAGUUUGCAUGAGCAAGCUUCGUCAGUCGAACCAAACUCACAACUGGGUCAUUUGAUUCAACUCAAGCAUAAAAAUGGCGGAUUGAACUCGUCUGACGAAGCCAAGUACCGAACAUUGUUAGAAAAUCGUGAAUAUGAGCUUCUCAAUGCCGCCGAGGUCAUCUGUACGACAUGCUCAAGCUCUGCCGACAAGCGACUAAAUGCGUUCAAGUUCCCGCUAGUUCUUAUCGAUGAAGCUACGCAAGCCACGGAGCCUGAGUGCUUGAUUCCGAUCGUUCAGGGUUGCCAACAGCUUGUGUUGGUUGGUGACCACCAGCAGCUUGGACCUGUUGUGAUGAACCGGAAAGUGGCGAGAGCAGGGCUCAAUGAGAGUUUGUUUGAACGACUAGUUCUACUUGGGGUCAAGCCACGUCGUCUUGAAGUCCAGUAUCGUAUGCAUCCAUCUCUGUCCGAAUUUCCCAGUAAUAUGUUUUACGAUGGUAUGCUACAAAAUGGUGUGUCUUCGCAUGAACGACUUCGAAAGCAUGUGGCUAUCCCAUGGCCCAUCCCUACGAUGCCCAUGAUGUUUUAUCAGAAUCUAGGCCAAGAAGAAAUUUCCCCCAGCGGUACCUCAUACUUAAAUCGGACGGAAGCCUCUAGUGUUGAAAAAUUGGUAACAGCACUGCUCAAGGCGGGUGUGGCCCCUGAACAGAUUGGUGUCAUCACACCAUAUGAAGGUCAACGGAACUUUGUCAUCAACCACAUGCAGUUCCAUGGCAGUAUGAUGAAAGAUGCUUAUCGUGCUAUUGAGGUGGCAAGUGUCGAUGCUUUCCAGGGUCGUGAGAAGGAUUAUAUCAUUGUUACGUGCGUCAGAAGCAACAACCGGCUAGGCAUUGGCUUCCUGAGUGACUCACGGCGACUUAACGUAGCCCUGACGCGAGCUCGAUUCGGUCUUAUUGUGAUUGGGAACGCACGCGUUCUUUGUAAAGACCCAUUGUGGUAUCACUUCCUCGUACACUUCAAAGACCGCAACUUGCUUGUUGAGGGUGCUCUGUCCAACUUGCGACCUUCUAUGAUUCAGUUUGGCCCACCGCCUGUACCGCGCAAAUCCAAGUCGCGACUUGAGCAAGCCAAGACAAAUGCAGCCAUCGGAACGGAAUCUCUGGCCAUGGAUCCGGUUCGUGCACCAUUUCGCGGCGCUACAGGGACUACUCAAACCCUACGUGAGGGCAUGUGGGAUACGUUAUCACUUGAUGCCAAGACUCUUUCACAGAGCCAGAGUGAUUGGUUGAACCAAGUCCGGCAGGACAAAGACGCUGACCUGGAAAGCCUGGAUGGAUAUCGAAGUCAAGCAUCUAUUGCUGGUUCUGACGAAGACGAAGUGCGUCCUGUAAAGAAUGUUUCCUCUGCUCAGGGCACUAGUAGUGCGCCUUCCAUCACGAAAUUCCUAUAG